GUAGCUUAGAGACCACGGAAAAUAAACAAGAGAGCGUCAGGCCUGUUUGCGGCGUUUGUACGAUGACUGGAACUGUGUACGGUGCCCGAAACCCCGCCGUUGCCGGCUGCGAUAAAGGCGAUUACGAUGAACAAAUCCGACGUAUUCAGGCACAUCUUCGGGAUAGAGCCUCAGCUUCUCCACUGUGCCGAAGGGAGAAUCCAGGCUGGGCCAUCUCCAGUGGAGCCAGACCUGUGCCUGCAGCCACCUUUAUACCUACAGCAGCUGGCUUACGACCGGAGGAGACCCAGAUGCAAGAAAUGCCAUCCUUCAUGAGAGCCUGGAUCUCCCAGACAAUAAGACAGGAAUUGCAGGCAGAGGUCAACCAGCUGAGCCCGCUGUCUUAUUUGGAACUUAGCAGAGGAGUCCUGCAGGGGCAGGCUUCUGCUGAAAAGCUGGUCCACUUCAGAGAGCGCUCGGCCUCCCCUUCAGAAAGCAGCCAAAUUUAUGGCUCCAAGAGGGACCACCUUCCAGAAAGGGAUUUUUCGGAUAAGGAGUCAGAGGUAGCAGGCCUCGCCUCCUUUAAGGGCAUUUUCCAGCCAGCUCUUUUCAAGACUCUGCUGGUUAAGGCCAAGAACACGGCUCAUCUCAAAAAGGACAUGGUCACACAGGACCUUCCCACUGAGGGAGAGGAUCAGGAGGAUUUCCUGUUCACCGAGAAAGCAUCUGUGGUGGACCCUGUACCUGUGCCCCAUAUGUUCCUGAACCUGAUCAAAAAGCAGUGGGAGUCCCCUGGGAUGUACACUUGCCCCAGUGGGUCUGAGUCUACCUUAUUUAAUGUGGACAAAGACCUUUUGGACAUUAUGGAAGUGCCAAAGGUAGAUGGCCCAGUGGUAGCCCUAGCUUCCUCAUCUGUCAUCCCACCUGAUGUGGAGGAUGUUCUACGAGCCUCUUCCAUAACAGCACACAGGCUUCUCUGGCUAAGAAAUUGGCAGAUGGACAUCAGAACCAAAUGGAAGCUGGCGUCGGCUCUCUUUAAGGGAGAGAGGCUUUUUGGGGAAGCCCUGGAUCCCUUUUUGACAGAAACCAGGGACAAGCAAAAGAUUCUGCCCUCCCAGGGGAGGCGCUUUGAUUACAGGUCUCAUCCUUACUACAGGAAGCCCUCCUUUAAACAGGAAGAAGCUGGGACCCCAGGCGGAGGAGGAUCUGAUGUCGACAAUCAGGAUUCUUCUAGAGCAUGGGUUCUUGAUAAACCUGGACAAAUGUCACCUAGUACCAUCGACUCGGAUCUUGCAUUUGGGGGCCAUUAUAGACACCUUGGCCGGACAGGUUUUUCUCUCACAGGAGCAUUGAGACAGUAUCAGGGAAGUCACGUCGCUGAUCCUGUCUUCCCGAGAGGCACCUAUCAUCUUGCUGUCUCGACUUCUCGACAAGAUGAUAUCAUGCAUAGGGAUUGUCCCAUGGGCCUGCUUCCACACCUGAACCCUUCAGUGGUUCCUGCUCCCAUCCAGAGGGAGAGCAGGGUCCCGAGCCAUGGAUCAGGGAUGCUUGUACAGGGAACCUCAGAGGAUUACCAUCACCACCGAUGCCAGCCUCUAUGGUUGAGGGGCCCACUUGGGAGCCCAGGUCACCCAGGGGAGGUGGUCACGAGAGGAGCUCACCCACAACAUAAAUUGGCUAGAGCUCAGGGCUGCCCGCUUAGCGCUCAAGGAUUUGAGGCAAGAGGUGGUGGAGAGACAUGUGCUUCUCCUCAUGGACAAUGUGGCUACCAAGGCCCACAUAAACUGGCAGGGGAGCACAUGCUCCAGAUCUCUAAUGCAGGAAGCAACUCAAUUGUGCAGGUGGGCGGUGAGAAACCUGUUGUGCCUACGAGCAGAACAUAUCUCGGGAGUAUCCAACGUGCAGGCAGACUGGUUGAGCAGGGCCACAGUCGACCAGUCAGAAUGGCGACUGCAUCCCAGUCUAUUCCAGGAGAUGACGGAACGCUUCGGCCGCCCAAUUCUGGAUCUCUUUGCAUCACCAGAGAACAUGCACCUCCCGAGGUUCUUUGCUCGAUUCCCUGCCCCAGGAGCAGAAGGGGUCAACGCUCUCCGGUGCAGGUGGCCCCAGGGAGUAUUGUAUGCCUUCUCCCCACUUCCCCUGAUUCCGGAGGCAAUCAGGAAAGUACUGAUAGAAAGGGCGGAAGUUCUGUUGGUAGCCCCUUACUGGCCCAGGCGUCCUUGAUGAGCCUAACUAAAUUGAAAUAUACAAAUCUAAAAAAAUAUUUAAAUGAAAUAUGUGAACGGCAGAAGAACUCUCUGCUCCGAAACCAAGAUUUAUUAAAAGAAUUUGAUUGCAUUGAAGCUCACAUUAGGAAGUUUGCUUCAAGAUCAGAGUCUCUUCAAAAGCUAAAGGCAGAAUAUGAAAAAGAAAUUAAAAAUAAGCUGUUAGUUGAGAGAAAAGAUACGUUUAAACAUGAAAUGAGAGGUGCUACUAAACAUCAGAUGAUUCCAGAAGCAAGGCAGUCAGGAAUUAAUGCCAGCACAGCCAUGUCAAGAGGACUAUAUCAUACAGCAACUAUCUUUAUGGGCCGCCAAAUGUCAGCUGUCUCAAGCGUUGAAGAUUUCAGUGCACUGCAGAAGUCUGAACUCACAAAGAGCUUUUCAAUUUCUGACCCACAUUCCUAUAGACAACCAUCACAGAGCUGCUACAUGACAGACAGCUGUGUAGUUCAAACUAAUAAUGAUCUACAGUGCUCAAAUAAGUCUGACAAAAUAGAUGGGAAGACAUCUCUGCUGAAAGGUGAAGAAAUGCCAGUCAUAUCCAGUGUAUCAUAUGAGAAUGAAAGAGCUUGUUUAACAGGGGAAAGUAUAGCAAAUAAUGACAGCAAAAAUUUUGUGGAAAACCAUGUCCACUCUGAACCUAAAUCUCUGCUACACAGAAAAUUAAGUUCUGAGAACAGAUCCACCAGUUUGAAAAGUUACAGUUCCUGCAAAUCACUGACCCGUGAACAUUCUUUACUAUAUGAACAAGGAACUAAAGAGCCAAUCUUGUUGAUCAAUGAUCCCGGCAUACUUGUUUCUGCCAAUGAGUGCUCAGAAGAAAAAUUCCCAGUUUUGGGGAGCACCAUUCACUUGGACAAAAAUAUACUGCAGGAGGAAGAUAAAAGUUUAAGUAGCAGCACUGAUCUUACUGUUUCAUUGAGUGAGGAGGAAGAGGAAUCGAAUUCUUUGAAAUUACAACGAAAUAUAAACAGUACAGAUUACAAACUUGAUGACAUAAUAUGUAAUAAUGAAGAAUAUUUUCAAAGAAAAAUUUCAACUGAGCACUCAUCUUCUGACCCCAAACUAAGGGAAUGUCUGUCAUUUGAAGGAUUUUGUCAUGUCUUAACUUUCAUAGAAGAACUAGUGGCUAAAGUACCUUCUGGAUGCUCGGCAUUAUACCAGAGAGGAACUGCUAAUACAGCAGAACUAAAGAAGCUUAUAAGCCUCUGUAAUAAAGGUGACAACUUGGCACAAGAAAACUUCGAGACAUGUGAAGCGCUUGUCCUUUAUCAACUUCAAAAAUUAUUGCAAAAUACAAUGAAUGGGUGCCUUUUACAAGAUAAAAUGCUUAAUGACAAAAGGGAAAGACUGAAUGAAGAACAAAGCAGAUCUGAAUUGGUAUCUGAUUUUACUAAGAUUUGGGAACGUUUAAGCAAACAUAUCUUAUUCUUGCAAAAGUAUCACAUUUUACUCAGACAAGAAGUGAAAGACAUGUUUGGUACCCUAUUGAUUUUGGAGAGUCAUAAACAAGAAACCCCGACUUCAGUGUUGAAAGACUUUGUAGAAGAUUGUGAAGACAGAUCAUUUUCCUGUAACGAUCAAACCUCCUAUAAUUCACAAGCAAAAAAUACCCCAGAAAAGCCAGGUUUGAACAUCAGUGGCUUAAAGGAACAAAAAAGUAAUGGAACCAGUUCUGAGCCCAGUUUUUCAUCUCUGGAGAGGAAAAGCUCUUUGUCAAGAGAUGAAAAUCAAAGAGGAAUAUCUACAAUAAAAUCUAAAGCUUUUUGGGGUGAGUCUGAUGACAGCAAUUCUGAUAUUGAAGCAGCCCUACGCCCUCAGGAACAGUGUUCACAAGAAGAUGGAUUCAGUGAUUUCUAUGACUAACUUGAUACCCAUUUACAAACGAAUGAUAAAAAGCCAGUAGCAAUUUUUCAGGAUGAAAGUGGUUUCAGAAAAGGUCAAUCUGGAUUGGAUAUCCUGGUGGCAUUUUUAUGUACCUUACCAUAGCCACUUCUUCACACCAAAUUAUCCUGUCAGCCCACUUUCAACCAAUAUGUUUAUGAAUGAUUGUAACAUUCUUCUUGAAAACCAAGGUAAGACCACCAAAACUGCAACAGUCUAAGAUUUAUACCUGGAUUUGAAACACAUUUGAAAUUUGAAGUACACAGAAGCAAGGGGGAGAGUAAUUUUGGAGCUGGAAAAUUGUAGGCCUUUAAUUUAUAUAUUCCCUCCUAUACCUGUUCCUUGAUCCAAGUUGCUUGGUUGAAAAGUUUGUUCUUAUGCUUGAAUGGCCAUCAGACUAAUGAAUUCAGUUCAAGACAAAGCAACUAUGAUGUUUAUUAAUGCUAUUAUGAAUUUUGCAUUAAAUAAAAAGCAACUGAUUGGACUGGGACCUUGUUUGUAUUUGUAGCUUUAACCAUCCACUACUGUUUACAUGAGGAAGGAAGCUUUUAGUUAUGAAAAUAGUU